AUGUCUUAUAUGCUACAACAUUUACGUUCAGGAUGGGCAGUAGAUAAGGCGAUAUUAUCCGAGGAAUAUCGCAUUGUAUGCAUACGAUUUGGCCAUGAUUACAAUCCGGAGUGUAUGAAGAUGGAUGAAUUACUGUAUAAAAUUGCUGAAGAUGUAAAAAACUUCUGUGUAAUUUACUUGGUUGACAUAACGGAGGUACCAGAUUUUAACAGUAUGUAUGAGUUGUACGAUCCUGUGUCCGUUAUGUUUUUUUACAGAAAUAAACACAUGAUGAUAGAUUUGGGUACUGGUAAUAAUAAUAAAAUUAAUUGGCCCCUUAGCAACAAACAGGAAUUAAUUGAUAUUAUUGAGACCAUUUUUAGAGGUGCAAGGAAAGGGCGUGGUCUUGUUAUAUCACCCAAAGAUUACUCUACAAAAUAUCGCUACUAA